UGAGUCAGCCAACUCGGAACGUGCAGGGCGAGACGCGUUGUAGAUCAAAUUAUACAACUAACACCGGCUAUCGCCGGUAGAUUCGAGAAAACCCCCACACGAUUCAUCCCCUCCUCCGCCAUCCUCACUUUUCUUUCUCGCCGGAUUUCUAGUCUUGUCGGAGACAUACCAUCUCGUUGAGAGAAGACUGAGCAUAACAAAUCAGUUUGUUUUUUUUUUUGGUAUAGAGGGAGAGAGACCUACACGUCAUUCCAAUCUUCCUCCCACAUAUUGAAUUUUUUUGCAUCAGAGAGGGAAAGGAAGAAGGAAAAGGUGGGCUUGCUUGAUGGGGCGGAGCAGCAUACAAGUAGGUGGAGCGGUGAUGGCGUACAGUCUGAAAGAGGCGUCGAAUUGGUGGGAAGACAUAAACAAAUCUUCAUUUUACGAUCGCAUCUUUAACGUCCUCGCCGCCCUCUAUGGUCUCGUCGCCAUCGUCGCCUUGGUUCAAUUGGUAAGGAUACAAUUGAGAGUUCCAGAAUAUGGUUGGACCACGCAGAAGGUUUUUCAUUUCCUCAAUUUCCUUGUAAAUGGGGUUCGAGCUCUAGUUUUUGUUUUUCGCCGAAAUGUAGAACAGUUACAUCCACAGAUUGUCCAACAUAUCCUGCUUGACUUGCCAAGCCUUGCUUUCUUCACAACAUUUGCGCUUUUGGUUCUGUUCUGGGCAGAGAUUUAUUAUCAGGCACGUGGUGUAUCGACUGAAGGACUUAGACCGAGUUUCUUUACGAUCAAUGCAAUAAUUUAUGCAGUUCAGAUCGCCAUGUGGUUUGCAUUAUGGUUGAGACCUACCCCUGUUGUGAUUGUCGUCUCAAAAAUGUUCUUUGCAGGAGUAUCUCUGUUUGCAGCCCUUGGCUUUCUGCUUUAUGGUGGGAGGCUUUUCUUGAUGUUGCAGCGGUUCCCUGUAGAAUCUAAAGGUCGGCGUAAGAAGCUUCAAGAGGUGGGAUAUGUAACCACCAUAUGUUUCUCAUGUUUCCUGGUCAGAUGCAUUAUGGAGUGCUUUAAUGCAUUUGAUAAAGCUGCUGACCUAGACGUUUUGGAUCAUCCAGUCUUAAAUUUCAUAUAUUACUUGUUGGUGGAGAUAUUGCCAUCUUCUUUGGUCCUCUUCAUUUUGAGGAAGUUACCACCAAAACCCAGUAUCACUCAAUAUCAUCCAAUACGUUAAAGGACCAUGUAGAAUGGCAGCAUGAGGGAAUUGUGUUGACAUCAGAGACUGGUUCAUAAACAAAGGGGGGGAACAAACAUUGAGCAUUGUGUUUGGAAUCACAAGCUAAUCUUGCGGAUUUUUAGAGUGAGUAUGUUUUCACAACGGAUCAUGGAUAACGUUGUAAGGAAUGACCUAAAAUUGUGAAAUAUGUUGUGAUUGUUGCAGAAAGUGAUUUACUUUCAGAUACCAAUACUACUGACUGGAAAGAAAUGAAGAUUUAUUUUUUGGUGGGGGUCGGGGUUUGGAUUUGUUUGGGGAGAAGAAAAUAUCCUGGUACUUGAUUAUUGAGAUUUUUAUGUGUAUGUUUACUGAUGAUAACGUAAUCUCUUAACCUAUGCCGGAUUUUUUAACGGUUUGUCCAUUUGUUUCC